AUCAGCGCGCUGAUGGAGCAGAAGACAAUUUUGAUUACGUGCAGUAGUGAUAUCGCCGCGCACCGUAAGCAGCUGUAUUUCAUCGGAAUUUCGCGCACGAAAGCGCCCAAAAGUGGUACCGUUGGCCAGCUCGAAAGUCGUCGCAUCACGCGAACGCGUAGUGAAACCCCGAACCGCGCGGUAUGGUGGCGAAAAAUUAGCGUGAAAAUUUUGCCAUUCUGUGGCUUGUGUUUCCAUGAGUGAUCGUCUUGUGAGAGCAGCAAAAGCAAAAGUGCACCGCGGGGUGCGUGUGUAUUGGUGUGCUGCUGUUUUUCCGUAGGUACCGCUACUCGCAGCGCUCUUGCUUUUGCGAUUGGUUUCCCGAACGAACACUGUGAUGUAAACAGUUUGACAGUUUAGUAUUUGGAGACAGUGCUGCGUAAACAUAAACAAAUCGUCGUCGCGAAGAGAUGUCGCAGGAGUACACCCAUCAACUGCUGAAGGUGGUCGUGGCCCAGAUAUGCCAGACCAUCGGAUGGCACUCGAUUCAGUCGACCCCGCUGGAGCUGCUGGUCGAUAUCCUGGAUCAGUAUUUGAAGGAUAUAACCCGGCUGACGCAUCGCUACUCGGAGCUGUACAAUCGAACCGAGCCGAACCUGGAUGAUGUGGCACUGGCUUACCGCGAGGUAGGCUUGAACCUCAGCGAAGUGGGAGAGUAUGUGCAGUUUGUGGAUCCGAUCGAGCCGAUGUUCGAGGUGCCCAAGUAUCCUAUUCCGAAGGUUACCCAUCUGAAUUUUAUGAAGCCAGGCAGCAAGGAGGUGUUGACGAGGCCGGUCCACAUUCCCGAGUAUAUGCCCCCGAUGCUGGUGGAUUUGGAGGAGGAGCAGGAGGAUGUGAACAGACAGCUGCUGCAACAGCAGCAGCAGCAGCAACAUCAUUUGGAGCAUCGUCAUUAUAACCAUCAUCAGCAACAGUCGCAGGCACUGUUGGAGGACGAUGUUUUGAGGGAGGUUAAGCCAGAAUUCGGGGAUUUCGUGGAGAAAAUGGAAGAGGUAGGAGCGGAGGAGGUUGCUCUGAUGGAUACAAAUGCGAACGAAGAGGUGGUCACGUUCAAGAAGCCACUGGAUGUGGGUGCGGAGGGUGGUUCUUUGGAUGUUAAAAAAGCGAGGAACCUAACGGAAGAGGGGAGACCCACUCGGGAGAUCAGUAGCGUUAUAAUGACCACAUCGGGAUUUAUCUCGCCCGCGCGAGAAGGUAAACUGCCGGACUCGAAGUGUCCGGUGAUUCCGGAGGAAAGACCUAAACCGCCUCCGCCACCUCCGCCGCCAGCUAUCAGUGCGAUGCCGGUUUCCCGGAUGGACGAGAAGUUUGGCAAGAAGACGAAGCGGAAGCCAGCCGAGAAAGAGAAGAAGCGGGAGAAGAAAGUGGAUAAAAAGAAGGAUUCCGGGGAGAAGGAUACUCCCAGCCGGCCGCCAACUCCGGUGGCAGCGCUUCCGGUGGCAGAGCCACCGGUUUCCAGUGUGAUUGAGGAUAUCAAACCCUUGCCGGUUGCGUUUGAGCCUCCGCCAAAGCCUCCUACGCCAGUUCCGGAUGUGAAACCACCGGAACCAUUGUUGCCGCCGAUUGAACUCGAGAAGCCCGUAGUACCUCCCCUACCCAUUGCCCCACCAAUGGAAAAACCCAAGAAGGAGAAGACCCGAAAGAAGAAACAACAAACACCAAAAAAAUCAGCGAUCCCUCCUCCGAUGCUUAUGAGUCCUGGAGCUGGGGACAUUGGCGGGUUGUUUUCUCCCCAUCAGCUUCCUCAGCCUCCCUCGCAGAUGCAUCAAAUCACUCCACCCAAACCACCCAAACCGAAGCGCCAGAAGCUUACGAAGAAGGAUAUUCAGCGACAAUACAUGGAGCAGCUGCAGCAAUUCCAGUCGUCUCCCCUGAACGCUCAGAACAUCAUCGAUAUGUUUACACCAAACAAAAAGCCACUUCCGGGACUCUUUCAACCGUCAUUAUUUUCACCCCCGCCGCAGCAACAACAGGCUCUCCCACCGCAGCCCAAGUUCCCCGAUAGUCCGGCCCAAAGUCAGCUGGAUCUCUUGCAGAAGCUCCAUCCCAGUUUGGAGAUAACGCCCGCACCAGGCCCUUCCGGAGGAGGAGGCCCUCCGAUGCAUUCGCCCUCUCCGGAUAAACACAAGCUGAACAUUUUCAAGAAGGUGGCCAAAAAGGACACCACAUCUCCCGGCAUCACCACCCAAGGGCCCAUAAUUGUAAUCGACGACGAUAAAAGUCCUCCCCAUCAGCCACAGUUUCUCACCACAACGCCAAUGGGCAACAAGAAGCGUCCCCCCAAGGGUCAGCAGUCCAACUCGGUCUUCGCCUACCAAGAUGCGGUCUCCUCGUCGGAGCUGUCCUUCAACAUGGGCAUGAAUUCCGUCGACCAUUCGGGCACUGGAGCGGGAGGGUUGUUUCGCGAAUUUUCCCCACCCAAAACUCCCUCCAAUUUACCGAAAACACCGGACAUCAAGCUGCAGUCGAGUUCCAGUUCGUCUACUUCCUGGAUGAGUGAUUCCGGGAAGCUACCCGCCGUCGGGUUGGGGCAAAUUUUCGGCGAUUUUCCCAACUUCAAUCUGCCCCCAGCGAAGGAGGAAAAGAAGAAAAGGCAGCGCCAGCGGCAGCCCAAGGAGACGGCGUCUAAAAAGGCAAACAAAAACGCCCAGAUUAUGGACGAUUUGAGUCUGCUGCAGCAAAUCCAGCAGCACCAGCAGCAACAGUCGAUGCCGGUGGGAUCCGCCCCAUCGAUGGACGAUAAAUCCUUCCCGAAAGCGAUGGCCUCUUACAGCAAGCUGUUGAAUCAAACGAUGCCGCAAUCGUUUCUGUCUUCACAGAUUCGCAACCCGAUGUUCGGAAUGUUCCCGCUGCCCUCCGGACCAGGGCUGAUUCCCGAUAACCCUCUCUUCAAUCCGUUCCCGGGACAGCCAUCGUUCCUGCCGACCGGACCCUUCGGGAUGCCGUCGAUGCCACCACGCUUUGACAUCGGUAAUUUGCUUCGUUAUCCGCGUCCACCGAAAGCACCGGUUGCCGAGAGCUUCGAAAAUCUUGAUCCCGAAACGAAAUUGGCCCACACCCCGCUGGAUCUGCAAAAAAGCAACUGCAAUGUGGCCCCGCUGAUGCCUCCCUCGCUGCAAAUCGACUCAGUCGGAGGAUCGCCUUCGCCAACGUCGGGCCGCAAACAGCAAUCCCCAGCAAUCGGGGCGGUGAUCAAAGACCAAUCGCCCCUCAACCACCAACCCGUCGUUCCGCCACAGGAACAAUCUCUCAAUCUGUGCACCAAAUCGGUCACCGCGGCACCGUCUCGGGUGCCGCCGCAGAAUGCCCAUCAAUCCGCCUCCCCCGGUAUGGCCCCACUGUUGCCAGAGUUUCGACAUCAGACGCUGGACAUCAGGCAGGAACCUCUACGACCAUCCGCACCGGCUACACCAUCGUCAGCGCCACCACUGAUUCCACCACAAACUGGGCUCACCACCGGGAUGGCACCGGAAACGCAACCGAUGCAUCACCUGCUGGCCGCGGCAGCACCAAACGUUCCCCCGAUAACACCAGGCGAAACCAUUGUGAUCGGGUCCGAUUCGGACAGCAACAGCGAAUCGACGACGACGGCGGUCACGACGAUGAUUGGCGGCACCACCGGUGGUCCGAUGGAUCCCACCACCACCACUGGUGGUGGUCCCGGCCUCGGCAAGAAAUCCGACAAAUCCGAGAAGCGCAAGAACCGGGAACACAAGAAGGACAAAAAGCUGAAGGAGGGCAAGAUCAAGAAGAAGAAAGACAAGAAGGACAAAAACAAGAGCAAGGAUCGCGACCGGGAACGGCCAAAAUCAUCUCAUUCGAUGCAUCCAGACGGCAUGGAAACCAACUCGGACGUAGGUUCGCACGGUGGAGCGAGUGCUGCUGCAGAUGAGGCCGCCCUGAUGGACCAAAUUCGACGCAAGGAAAAGAAGGAGAAGAAGAAAGAGAAGCUUAAAAAGGAGAAGCGAAAGGAGAAGGAACGGGCGGCAGCCGCAGCGCUCGAUCUUGGUCCGUUCAACUUUGGAUUCGGGGAUCCGCACACUUCGAGCAAUGGAGGCGGAUCGGCUGUGACGACAAGCAACAAUACUGUCACCGGCUCUGAUCAGCGGGAUAACAGUGACGGAUCGUCGGCUUCCGUGCCGAAGUUGAUGCUGAGGCUCGGUUCGAACGCGACACCCUCUCCCCGAUCCGGCACGCCGGAUAUUGUCCCUGUCGUUAGUAGUCCGGCAGAGACUGCUGCAAGUCGGAUAGAGCCGGUCGAAAUCAAGCGGGAAGCUUCGCCGGAGCUGGCACGAAUAUCAGCCCUAGUGACGAGACCCCCGAAACUGAAGACACCCAGCACCAAGGGCAAAUCCAAGGAAGAGGACGGUACGAAGCUACCCAAGUCGACGGAUCAUCCGGGUAAAACUUCCGGGAAGCUUGACUUUAGUGCGGAGCAAUCGUCGAAACCACGACCCCGUGGUAUACAACCCCUCCCGGACAGUAUCGAUCUUUUCUCGGUCAAUCCAACUACAAGCAACCCUCCGUCGGUCUCCCAACCGAAACCGUCACCGCUGGCAGGACCAGCUGCGAACGUUACCGCUGCGAGUGCCCCCGCGGCCACUAACCCAGACUCGACGCCACAUUCCUCCAAGAAGCCACCGAAAGAGCCCAAAUCAUCCAAAUCUCACGGUUCUGUCACGUCGAGCCUGGGCGUCACGAUACCCGCACCGCUGAACACCCCGAGCAAUGUGAAGGAUGCCGAAGGGAACGUGGUGUGGAUUUGUCCGGCCUGUGGCCGUGUGGACGACGGAACGCCUAUGAUCGGUUGCGAUGGGUGCGAUGCGUGGUAUCACUGGGUUUGCGUUGGCAUUCAAGUUCCGCCCGAUUCCAACGAGGAUUGGUACUGCCGAGUUUGUAUCGGCAAAAAGCAGGAACCGCAUGGCGACGAGAAGCAGAAGAAGCGAAAGAAAAAGGACAAGAAAAAUCCCAGAGAUUGAGCGAGUGGAUGGGAUGGUAGAUUAGCUCUAGUUAAGGGUAAUCUGGUCUAGUUGUUGUGUAAUGCACACAGUGUGUGUACUUUCUACAAAUAUUAUUUCAAUGUAUCUAUUAAGCAUUAAUCAAAGUGAUGUGAUGUGAGAAAAUUGCGCAGAAUGUAAUUAGCCCUAGACAAAAUGAAAUGUUGUAAGUAAUAAACCGGACAAAUGAAUUAUCAAA